AUGGAUAAAAUUGCUUCUUACCCUUAUUUUUAUGUAAAGGAUCUUGUAGGUCGGGUAGCUUCUGCUAUCUUUUUUCCAUUUGGAUUUUUUGCUCCUAAUAUUUUGGGGCAUCCCGACAAUGAUAUACCUGCUAAUCCGAGGCCCACCACGCCCCAUAUUGUGCCGGAAUGGUAUUUCCUACCGAUCCAUGCCAUUCUUCACAGUAUACCUGGCAAAGCGGGAGGUGUAGCCGCAAUAGCACCAGUUUUUAUAUCUCUCUUGGCUUUACCUUUUUUUAAAGAAAUGUAUGUGUGUAGUUCAAGUUUUCGACCGAUUCACCAAGGAAUAUUUUGGUUGCUUUUGGCGGAUUGCUUACUAGUAGGUUGGAUCGGAUGUCAACCUGUGGAGGCACCAUUUGUUACUAUUGGACAAAUUCCUUCUGUCUUUUUCUUCUUGUUCUUUGCCAUAACGCCCAUUCCAGGACGAGUUGGAAGAGGAAUUCCAAAAUAUUACACGGAUGAGACUCAUCGCACCCUUUUCUCCUUUUGGCCAUAG